AUGAGCGCUUCACUUCGUACACCAUUGUGCAAUUGCAAUUUCAUUGCCCGCCAAAGCAUCCGUGGAAGCCACCACACCCGGUUCUUUUCCACGAUCAACACCCUUCGAUCCACCCGCUCCAAUAAUCCACUUAACUCCCAAGCUCGAAAGAAUGGAGAGCAAUUCGCCAAAUCCCGACGAUCAAUUGUGGUCUCGGCUACCGGAAUGGUCGCAUGUGCAGCUGCUAUGUAUGGAUUGAUCAAGUUAGACGCAUUUGGCCUGAAUGCACUGGAGAAGCAGGAGAAGGAAACCAAACACAACCAAGCCACAGCCACGGAAUCUAAAUCUGGAGCUAUCAAGCUGGACGGACCGCCUGGAUUCCCCAGUGAUGGUGGAUCAUCUGUGAUACCUAUUGAAGGUCAGGAGGAUCUUGAGCAGGUUGCGACAGGAACUAGCUCGGUACCUUAUUUUCCCAGUACUAUCCGCUUGCCGAAUGUCUCGUCAUCAGACAAUAAACAGUCAGGGGAUGAGCUUUCGGCCGAUGAUGGAGAGGACUACCAGCUUCUAGGAUUGGGAAUUCGAACUGUCUCCUUCCUGUCCAUCCAGGUCUACGUAGUGGGGCUCUAUGUCGCAAAAUCCGACAUUACCGAGCUACAGCAGCGUCUAAUACGUACAGCUAUUCACCCACCAGAUUCUGAAACUGCGAUUGCUACCUCUGAAUCUGCUACCUCUCUUGUCUCACCGGAGCGUCAACAGCUGAAGGAACUUCUCAUGAACCCUGAACGAGGUGAUGCUAUCUGGUCAGCUAUCAUCAAAGAAAGUGGCAUUCGCACCGCCUUCCGCAUUGUCCCAACAAGGAACACAGAUUUUAUGCAUAUGCGCGAUAGCUGGGUGCGUGGAAUCACUACCCGGGCGCAGCAGCACAAGGAUGAGUUCCAAGACCAGUCGUUCGGAUUGGCUAUGAACCAAUUCAAGGCUAUUUUCAGCGGUGGUAAGGCGGUGCCCAAGGGCCAGGCUGUUCUCCUUUCACGUAAUGCCCACGGCAGCUUGGAUGUUUUGUUUCAGCUUGAUCCAAAGCAACCUUUCCGGUGGUUGGGUGGUGUCACCGACGAGCGGAUUAGUCGACUUCAGUGGCUUCUUUACCUGGCCGGAAAGAAGGUAUCCAGUGAUGGUGCACGAAAGAGUAUUGUGGACGGACUUAUGAUGAUUGUCGAGCGGCCAGUCGGAACUGUCACACAGCGAGUGGUAUAA